GAUUUUACAGUCGGAUUUAUCCAAGAUGAUCCCUCGGCAACGGGCAGACACAAUUUUACACACAAACUGAGGCCGAUUCACAUUUACUCACUACCUUUCUGGGCAACUUGACUUGAAUCUCUCUAACUGAAAAAUGAUACGAACCUUCAGUCACCGACCGGAUUGAUGUUGACCGAAGAUGAAAAGAAUCAGAUUCAUUAAAAUUUACUGUUCUCGUGAGUACGAAUCUGAUAAGCCGCAUAAUUACCAAAUUCAGACAAAGGGAUCAGUAAUAUGACGAGUCCGAUACUACAAGGAUAUUUUGGAGGAGCAUUCCGUUUUUAUGUUCACAAAUUUUCUCUCAUUUGGUCUUCAAUGAGACCCAUAAGUAACCGAAACGAAUUAUUUGUUAAAAAUAAAGCUACUCAAAUCGAUAGUAACGAGCGAACAGUUUCGGUCGCUUUAGUUGGAGGUGGAAACACGCCAACUUAUACCGCACUGUUUCUAAAACAGGAACCAAUUAUAAAAGUUGUGCGCGUAGCUGAUGUUGGUAAUAAAUCUGCAGCGGGCCAUUCGCUAGAUGCAAACCAUAUUGACACAUCCCCAAAAAUAAAGUACUUCAAUAAAAAGAAUAUGAUAGAAGGAAUUGAAGAGGUUGAUAUAAUCGGGGUGAUGGAUGAGGAGGAUUUCACUCUGGGAAAAGCGAGUUCACACGGUCAGUUCUUAGCCGGUUCUCAAUAUGUUAAAGGUGUGGCUGAAAAAAUGGUGAAGACCUGUCCAACAGCACUGGUUGUCAUUUUUGCGCACCCCGUUACGGCUAUGACGCCCUUGGUUUCUGAAGUCUACAAAUCUGCUGGCUGGUGGCAUCCUGAUCGUAUCAUCGGUUCGUUAGCCAUUGAUUCCAUGCGGAUUCGCGCCAUGGCUGCAGAUCUAUUUUAUCUGAAUCCAGCGUACAUUCAUGUACCAAUAGUUGGAGGGGCAGAUGCAUGUACAAUUGUUCCUCUUUUAUCACUGGCUAGACCUGCCAAUCAAUUCUCCAAAGAGCAACAACACUCACUCAUCAGGUGCCUUCGAGCUGCAGACAACGAAUUAGCAAGCUUUAAUGAAAAUUGUGGCAGUUGGGGCAGGGAAGCCGGUCCUAAAUUGUCUUUGGCGACAGCAGCAUCAAAGUUUAUUAUUACAUUGGCCCGAGGGUAUUGCGGUUUCAGAAACUCCAUUGCAUCCGCCUUCGUUCGAUCCAACGUUUUAACUGCCAGCCAAUUUUUUGCUACGGAACUGCAAUUCGGACCUGGAGGGGUUCAAAAAAACUUUGGACUUCCCAAAGUUUCCAACAUAGAAGUUGACCUGAUAGAACAAGCCAUUCCCUUGAUCAAUGCCAACGUCGAUCUGGGUGUAAACUUCAUAAAGGAAAAUUGUAAAACUUAAACAAUUAUUUUGAGAUUUAAAAUGAAUUAAAACACGUCGCGUUCAUCUUGUGAUCCCACAAAAUUCAAAUGCUGGAUGCUCUCUGGCGCCGGAAGCGCUGACUAAAUCAAACUGAAUGGAUCUCCGAAUGCGCAACACUCUUUUCGCCAGUCGAUUCAUGCCUCUCGUGCAACGUGGACGAAUGUGAAUCGGUGUGCUGUAAUUGAUGUUUCAAAAUCAAAAUCAGAAUGUCAAAUAGCAAGCGUGGCGGCGAUUCUGAUAUUUUAAAAAAUGUCUAAAGUUCACUUGACCUAUUCCGGUGUUCAGAUAACUAUUCUGAGAUGAUUACGAGGUGUGAAAUUAACCCAGAUUACAGCUAUUCCCAAUCUGAAUCCGAAUAAACAGCCCGGCAGCUAAACGGCGUGUCUCUUCGUGCAUGUCAUCGCAGCCUUUGAGGCCUCCCGUUUCCACCGAGCUAUAAAUACAAAAUUAAGAGACAUUUAAAUUUGGACGCGUUAAGUAUCUGCCCGUUGCCGGCGAAAACAGGCCAUAGGCAACACCAGACCGCAGCUGAACUACAGCCCCGACUUCCUAAUCUAUUUUAAACCGCGCAAUCACUCUUUUCAUACUGACGUGUUUGCAUGCGAGUCGUUCCGAGUCAUAACUUUUCAACGUUGUUUGUAACUUCGCUUUAAAAUUUAAAGCUGUCAAGAUUUAAUUUCUUAAUAUCAAAGCACGUAAGGUUGAUUCAGCAGGAUUUACAUCGGUCAACAAUAACGCUGACAAAUACACGAUGGGGUUACUAUUUUCCAGAUUUCGA